AUGCCGCGCGCGGCAGGGUCCCAGCCACUGGCACGUUGCAGCAGACGAGGGCUGAGCGAGUUGUGCAGCUGCAAGGGGGAGCUUAGGGAGGGAUUUUUAUUUCCUGAUUUUCUUUUCCAGGCAUGUCUUCCCUGAUUAAGAAAGUGAUCAGCACAGCGAAAGCUCCAGGAGCAAUUGGACCCUACAGUCAAGCCGUCCUGGUAGACAAGACCAUGUACAUCUCCGGACAGAUAGGCAUGGACCCGGCGAACGGACAACUGGUACCCGGAGGGGUGGUGGAAGAAGCUAAGCAGGCUCUUAGCAAUAUGGGAGAAAUUCUGAAAGCUGCAGACUGUGACUUCAGCAACGUGGUAAAGACGACAGUUUUACUGGCAGAUAUAAAUGACUUCAAUGCAGUAAAUGAAAUAUAUAAGCAGUAUUUCAAGAGUAGUUUCCCGGCGAGAGCUGCAUAUCAGGUGGCUGCUUUGCCUAAAGGAGGCCGUGUCGAGAUCGAAGCGAUAGCCGUCACCAAAGCUAGACUUUAAGCCGCGUCUUUGUCUGUGUUGCCAGUUAUAGUUGGUUCAGGAUCACUGUAGUUAGGAAAAAAAAGUACUCUAAUUGGGGCAGUUGAUUGGGGGGGGGGAGUUUAAACCUUAAUAAAAUGCUAUUUUCUUGACAGAUAGGCUUCGAACGUACAGUGAGUGGAAAAUUUGUCGAAACCAUUGCCUGAAGAGUUUGCGAUACGCACGGACGCGGUACUUCAAAGUCAAAACUAGGUUAUUUAAAGUACCCGUCACCCUUUACUGUGCCAAAUGAACCGAGGCAGAGAAGCGAGGGAUAUGGGAAGAAUGCGUUUUCCCAGGAAUUCUGCACUCCCGGCAAGCUCUCGGAUGGAAAAGAUAACACAUAAGGAGUUACCUCCACUUAAUUUAGUGACUUGGACAGUAUUCGAUGGGAAAUCAACAAGCUGGAUAUCAGUUUCGAGAAGUCCAGCAAGAAAUUCAUAUUAACCUGUUAACCGGUUUCAACGUAUUCAGAAGUUUUCUAAAUUACAUGAAAAACUAGUAGCUUCCUUUUGGAGGGUUCUCCCCCUCUGGUAGACUAACCUCUAGAAUUCCGUUUUGAAAUGUAGUGUUUUCAAUUAAAAAAAAAAACAACACACUGAUGAAAACCUGUGGGUUUUAAAAAAUGUUUUUCUAAUGGAAAUAAAAAUAAGCACAUUCAAACUUG